AUUCUUUAAAAUCUAAAAUUCUUUAUUCAAUUGUGCAAAUGAUUUGUCGGUGUUGAGAAAAUUGCAUCUUCGUUUGAGAGGAUACGAGUUAGAUUCUUCACAGCAGAGGAAAUGCGUGUUGACUGGAUUAAUGAAGUAGGAUUCCUUUGCAUUACAACCACUUCAUAUCGGGGUUAUUUGAUAACUGAAAUGUUUGAAUAUAAUUGACAAGAUUGCCGAGAAACGCCCCGACAGCAAAUUCUGUCGAAACAUACUCAUAAUGAAUUUGUUUUUGCUGUUGUUUGCAACAUCACAACAUGUUACAGGUGUGAACUGAACGUGAGCGUGUUCUAGACCAAUGCAUUCUGUGGCCGAAACCCAAGAAAUGUUUCCAAAGAUUCUGCUAUUGUGAAGUACCAUGUUAAAUGGCACGUCUAGUCCAGAGAUCCGUCCUGUGGAUGACUAUAACACGACAAAGUUUGAAGACACUUCUCCUUUGACGAACACCACAAGUAGCGAGGAUUUGUUUGAUUUGGAGCAGUUUAUCGUUUUAAAUCUCGGAAAUAGAACACAGGGUUUGACCACUGUUGGGGUGUUGACUGCAGUGUAUAUUACAAUAUUUCUUACUGGGAUAGCCGGGAACUUGUGUACAUUUAUUGUGAUAUAUAAAAACAUCUACAUGCACACUGUCACUAACUACUACCUGGCUAGCCUGGCAUUGAGUGAUGUCCUAGCUCUGCUGUUUGCCCUACCGCCGGAAGUGUACGCUAUCUGGGAAGCCUAUCCUUGGCGGUUUGGGGAGCCAUUUUGUAUUUUCAAAUCAUUUCUACUGGAAUCAACGUCGUAUGCAUCUGUUUUGACAAUCACUGGUUUUACAAUAGAAAGAUACAUAGCUAUCUGUCAUCCAAUCACGGGACAGAAGGUCUCGCGACAAUCACGUGCCAUGAAAUGCAUAUUGUGCAUUUGGAUCAUUUCGGCAUUGUCCGCACUUCCAUACCCAAUCCACACUCGAACGUUUUACUACAUGCAGGAUCCUCGGACUUCAUCGCCGAUACAGGACUCUCUACUGUGUAAUAUCCCGAUACAAUGGCAUCCGAGGAUGAAAAUCAUGUUCCAGGUUUCCACGUUCGCCUUUUUCUUCCUGCCAAUGACAGUUAUAAGCGUUAUGUACAUAUUGAUAGGGAUUCGGUUACGGAGAACGGAAAUAGAUUCGUCCAUCAGAUAUUUUUCAAAAGGUGCAAAGUCUACAGCUACCCGUGCAAGAAAGGCCGUUCUUCGUAUGUUGGUUGCAGUUGUGGUAGCUUUUUUUGUUUGCUGGGCACCGUUCCACGCCCAGAGAUUAACCUCUCUGUAUAUAAAGACUUGGACACCGGAGGAUAUCGAGAUACACAGCAAACUCUUCUACGUGUCAGGUGUUCUUUAUUUCCUGAGCUCAACCGUCAAUCCCAUACUCUACAAUGUCCUAUCUAGGAAAUUCAGAUAUGCGUUUAAACGUACGUUUUGCCGUUGCUGUCUCAAUCUUGAAGCGUUCCCAACGUUUUAUAAAUUAAAAGCAAUUUUUAUUAAUAAAAACGAGCAGCAAUCAACGACACCCAGUGGAAUGAGAUAUCUGUUUCCACAGAAACCAAUUGUAUUGGACACAUUCUACCAAAAACACAACAGACGUUUAUCAAAAACAGAAAAUCCAUUGAAUCAAGGCUCUACCAAAGAUACAUUGUUAAAAGUUUCUACCGGAUGUGGAUCAAGUAGCGGAACGCAUGCGCACUCAGACGGUCGUCUACAUUGUUUGUGUCGUCACAAAAGCUGUUCAAGUCAUCGGACGCGACAGAGUAUUGAAAGCCAAAUGUUCUGUAAACAAUUCAGUAACGCUUCAUACCAAGAUAUAGAGACUCUAAAAAGACUUCAGUGUUUUCGGGACGAAUGCCAUUUGAAGUCAUUUGAUUCCGUUCCGGAAGUGACGGAGAAAGAUGUGAAUGUUAAUCUCAUAUAGUUUAUAAUAUGUACAAAAUACUUAAAGCCAUUUAAAUCACAUUGCUCAAUAUAUUGAAUGAUUUGUAGUUAUGUAAUCCCAAAGUGUAAAAAUUCUUAAAUUGCAUUGCUUUUUCGCAAAUGGUGCGUAUGCCAAACUCAUAAAAUAAUAUAUUGCCAAUCUGAGAUAUCUUAAGUGCAUAGGAAUUGAUUUUAUGUUGACGGAUGGAAAGUAAUGGGUUAGUUUAAACAUCAAUUCGUACACUGAAUGUUGAGGAAGCAGGAAUUAGCUAUCAAGAAAUGUAAAAUAUCCAAUAGUAUAAUAUAUUGGUAUUCUGUAAUAUAUAUUGAAUAUCAUUCAUUUAUAUUU